ACCAAGAGAGAGAAGCAAUCAGCUUAGCACCUCAUCGGGAGGAGGAAGACAGGACAGAACCAGGACACAGCAGAAAUGGUCAUUCAAGACAGUGUGUAGAGGUCAGGGAGUUGGUGUGGGACAGAAGGAGAUCUGGGGGGGGUCCAGUCCCCUGUUCCUGCUACUGGCAGGACCAGAGGCCCCCAGAAGCUGAAGGUGUUCCCCUGAAGAAAGAAGAGGACAGAUUUUGGCUGUGGUGAAAGAGCUGUCCCCUCUCUGUCACCAUGGGAGAAUGGACCAUUUUGGAGAGGCUGCUGGAGGCGGCUGUCCAGCAGCACUCUACUAUGAUUGGGAGGAUCCUGCUGACUGUGGUGGUGAUCUUCCGUAUUCUUAUAGUGGGAAUAGUGGGAGAAAAGGUCUAUGAGGAUGAACAGAUUAUGUUCAUCUGCAACACCAUGCAGCCUGGCUGCAAUCAGGCUUGUUAUGACAAAGCCUUUCCGAUCUCCCACAUCCGUUACUGGGUGUUUCAGAUCAUCCUGGUGUGCACGCCGAGCUUGUGCUUCAUCACAUACUCUGUGCACCAGUCGGCCAAAGCGCGAGACCGCAGCUACUCUCUGUUGCACUCCCACAUGGACCACUACGGACAUGGCCAUGGCCGCCACCACGACCACCAUGCCCGCAAGCUACACUCGCGCAACAUCAACGGCAUCCUGGUGCACCCCGACAGCAAAGAGGACCACGACCUCCUGGAUGUGAAGGAGAUCCCCAAUGGGCCGAGCCGGGGCCUGCCUGUCACCAAGAGCGCCAAAGUGCGGCGGCAGGAGGGCAUCUCCCGGUUUUAUGUCAUCCAGGUGGUCUUCCGCAAUGCACUGGAGAUAGGCUUUUUGGCUGGCCAGUACUUCUUGUAUGGCUUCAAUGUACCUGGGAUGUUUGAGUGUGACCGAUACCCGUGUGUGAAGGAGGUGGAGUGUUACGUGUCUCGGCCCACAGAAAAGACCGUCUUUCUGGUCUUCAUGUUUGCAGUGAGUGGAAUAUGUGUGCUGCUCAACCUGGCAGAGCUUAACCACCUCGGCUGGAGGAAGAUAAAGACAGCCAUCCGAGGGGUACAAGCUCGCAGGAAGUCCAUCUGCGAAGUACGUAAGAAGGAUGUUUCCCACCUGUCCCAGGCUCCAAACCUGGGCAGGACCCAGUCUAGUGAGUCCGCCUAUGUCUGACAGAGGCUCCUCCAGCCAGGGGCUCGAGGACCUGUCAGACUGUGGAGGAGAGCUUUAUCCUGGCUUAGUAGCCCCAAUUUAAGGGGCACCAUUUAGACUCACCAGUAGAUUACUAUUGAGGAGCACACACAGACUCUCUGUAGUUACAAUGAAGUUCAGAGACACUUGAAGAAUCACUUCCAAAAAGGCACUGUGUUGCCUUUUCUUGUACAAACUGUACCAGAGGGCUCUGCUCUGCCUAGGUGACACUAGGUGCCUUCAUGAACUCUACAAACACAACUGAGCAAUUACAACUUAACAGACUGAAAACCCAAGUUGAAUUAUGUAGUCUUUAUUAUUAGCCUUUUGCUGUUGGUUUACUAAAAACAGCCCCCCCGUUUUUAAUGUGUGCAUAUGCAAGAGCUUAAGCGUGUGCAUGCACAGGCAUGUAUGUGGGAAAAAAGCCAACGUCUGACUCAUGUCAGAAUCUUGAAUGCUUAGCUAAUCUGAGCUAGAAAGAGAAGGACAACUUUAUUACUGUCCAUAAAAUUUGGAUAAAGUCACAUAUGGACUUGAUGCACCUUUUUAUUUAUGCUUAAGUAAAGAAACAAACAGCACUAAAACGACUAACUUUAACUGGAACAUGUCUCUGUACUGUACUAAGCUUUUUAUGAAACUCUAGUCCAAUCUUUGUCACUUUAGGUGCCAGACGUAUGUUAUGGACUUCUGCUGUAAGUCAGCAGCAGAGCCUUUGUUACAUAAACACUUGUUAUUGUCGGCAGAUACACUACAGCACUGUGUAACACACAACCUGAUGGUGAUGCCUUUGAGGCACACUGUUUCUUUCAGAGUCACCAAACAGUCCAGAGCAGUGCGUUUGUGAUCACUGUCUAAAGGGUUAUCGCUGUUACAUACAACUUUUUCAACUAUUGUAGCCACAGAUAUUUUCACAUUUAACUCAAGAUUUUUCACAAACAAAUGGUGCCAUAUUGUACAUAAAUGAAGUAUAUGACUUAAGCCUUUUUUCCUGUGCAGUAUAGACAAGCUGGUUUGGAUUGAGGGGCAGAAGUUCAGGUGAAAAUAAAGAUGAAUCAUAGAUUUCCAGCUUUAACAAUAUGUAUUAAUAAUGUGCUUUUUGUUAAGUCUUCACUGUGGAGACUAUACCCCCAAAGUGUUCUCCCUAUGGACAAUGAAAGGCAUGUUAUUGAAGCAUUACUAGAAUGGAUAGAUAAUGACAUGUAAUUUAAAACAAAAAUGUUUUAUUUAUUUGCAUCCUGCUCCUGUAAAAUGUAGUACUCAGCAUGCAUUGAGAUGAAAAAUAUAAAGUGAAAUGAUUAUAGUAUCCCCAUGUGGGAAUAUUGAAAGUGAAAUCCAG